UGCAUUGAAGUGAUACAAUACAACUCCUGACUUGGAGUCUCACUCAUUUAAUACCUCACCUUAAAUACGCUCACCUUUUUGAUUGUCUUCCUUUUUAUCUUGACAGAAUUUAACCAUGUUGACCUCCACGUAUUCCUUGAAAUCUGCCCCUUUUCAAGAGUUGGCCAGAAAAACAUUUAUUAAAAGAAAUGCUCACAAUGGUGCCAAUAAUGAACUCUCUGGAAGGAAGAGAACCAAAGUGGCCAAAACAAACUAUUUUGGUAUUGAGGUGUUGGAGUAUUUGGAAUGGUUGGACUGGGACCUGGGAAUUGAAUCCACCAAACACAUUGUACUAAAGAAUGUUCAGUUCAAAACUCAAAAACUCAAGUACAGGUCUCCGUCAACUAAAUUCUUCACCACGCUAUUCCCACAGCCAGUGGUCUUGAGUCCAGGGACUUCAUACUCUUUGCCAGUCACUUUCUGUGCGGUUGAGAAGCAAGACUAUGAGGACCGGAUUGUGUUCGAGACCAAAGGUGGCUCAUUUUCUAUCUACCUGCGAGCGUCACUGCCCUACUACGAUGUACAUUUACCUGAUUUGGUGUGCCUGCCGAUUUGUGCCAUCUUUGAAAGUUCGGAGGCCACAUUUCACUUACGAAACCAUAGUAAGCUCCUGACACCGUUCCAAUUGGAAGUACAAAAUCCAUUCCAUUUAAUCCCGAACAGCGGUAUAUUGACAGCCUAUGAUGAGUGCAAGGUCAAGAUCGUGUUCCAGCCCAAAACCCCCCAUGCCUAUGACAUAAUUGCAACUUGCAAAUUUGGUGAAAACGACCGUAAAAAAUUUAUGAAGCUGCAAGGUAUAGCCAAGUUCCCUCACCUCCUGCUUAGCCUGCCGGGAGAAUUGAACCAAACGUGUUCACGGGAGGACAUACAGAACUCCCUACAUUUUGGGCACAUUGCUGUUGGCACCACGGCUGAGAAGUACAUGGAGCUUCACAACUACUCAAUAGUGAACACGUCGUUCCAGGUGAUGCACCACCAGCAAGACGCCUCGGUUCUAUCCGAAUUCUUGUGUGAAGUCCAGGAGGGCCCUGUCUUGUCCUGCAGCAGACUCCAGAUCCCUUUCAAGUUCACGCCUCAGACUAUCGGCGCCAUGAGCGUCGAUUACUUCCACAUAAUGCGGCCUGGGAACAACUCCAAGACUGUGCUGAAGGUGACCGGCUCCUGCAAAGGUCCUGUGGUGUCGCUCUCAGAGCUGAAGAUUAAUUUUGGUUGCUUGUUCCUCGGCGCUACGCUGACUUACGCCCUGGAAAUCGCUAACACCUCAGAUGUGCCAACAUAUUACCAGUUUGACAUUGACUGCAGCCAAAGUGUGUUUGUCAUUGACCGACGGUGGGGCUCCAUAGGAGGGGAGUCGACGGAGAAAUUAAAGGUGACAUUCCGACCCAUCCAACCCAUGAACUACUACAGAAGAGUCGCUUGUCUCAUCCAUCAUCAGGAUCCUCUGUUUCUGGAUUUAUUCGGUACCUGCCACUCAGACCAGGUGACGCCAGCCAUUCUCAAGGCAAAACACCUGGAGGUGUACCACACCAACAUGAUACGUGGACUGACCUUCUACCCACCCGACAUACUGACCAUGAUGCUGCAGGAAGGCAAGCUACAGCUGGACGUCGAUGGUGCUCUGGUCCUGGUUGCUGAGAAAUGCUGUAAGCCCCUAGAAAAACUGGAUAAAGCUGAGGAUUGUUUGGAGGCUGCAGCCUUGUUUCCCAAUGUCCCUUCCAUCAAGGAGUACUUCGACGAUGGCGUCCAAAGCAACCUGACCAUGUUUCCGCCUCACGUGUCCGUCAACAUGAGGGAGUUUAACUUCGGGAACUGCCUGGAGCUCGACCGAGUGGUGCCCCUGCCCCUCUCCAUGACGAACCACACCAAAGGGAAGAUCACGGUCCUCUGGGUGACCCUGCCCGGCAGCGUCUUCACCGUGAAUCCUUCGACCAUUGAUAUCCCACCCUUGAAGAAUAUGGCUUUCCGCCUCCAUUUUGCACCUGAUAAGUUCAACAUGUUGUACGCAGCUGAACUGGAAUGCUUUGCUUAUUAUAAGGUCAUGCGCGAUCAUCGCUCGGUGAAGGACAUCUUUUCUCCCCCGUGGUUCCUCAGUGUACACGUGCAAGCAACUACCAUACAGCCAGGGCAUGAGACCUUCCAUCCCACUUUCACACUUGACUCUUCUGAACUGAUUUUUCCAGCAGUGAAUGAGAAAGGUUCUGCCUACAAGACCCUUCUGCUCAAGAAUAUGGGGGAUACACCCAUAACUUUUGCCCUAAAUUCACCGCAAGAAGAGAUCAUUAGAAUUAAACCGAGCUUUGGUUUUAUACUUCCCAAGGCCCAUCAAAUAUUCACAGUGAAAGCUUCUCCCCAGAGUGACGUCCUUACCAAGUACACACUGCCGUUACAUUUAAAUGCCUCAGAGAAGUACAAUCAGGACCUCAGGUUAUUUUGCAUGGUUGAAAAGCCGCUCGUGACUCUGGAUGGAAAUGGGUAUCUGUACUUUAAGCCCACGUGCAUAGGCACCCUGUCGGAGCGGUCCUACUUCAUCACCAACGCCACGCGGAUGCCACUGUACUUUCAGUGGAAGCUACCAAUGGCUGGCUCCAAGAUUCUGACCGUCAAACCAACCUUCGGCAUCAUCCAGGCCAAUGAAUCUUUGGCACAAUCAUGGGCUUUCUUCCCGCAAGAACAACAGAAGUAUUUUCUGAAGCCUCACAUUUAUGUAUGGGGAGUGAAAGGGCCACACUGUACGGAGCAAGGGAAGAAAAUCCGUUUCACCCUCAGGGUUAUUGGUGAAGGAACAGUGGGCAAAAUUAUGGCCGAGAAAGAACACAUGCACCUGGGGGACAUCCUGAUCGGCAACACACAGUCCGGCGACCUGAUACUGCAGAACAACGAGCCGUGCUCUUUAAACUUUGCCCUGGUCGUCAAGCAGGAUAUCACAGGACUCUGUGACCCCGAUGUUGUCGUCAAUGAUCCGAUGGCUUUUGAAUUGGAGUACGAUCACGGCACGAUUCCUGCGAGGUCAAAACUUUUGUUUGCCUUUGUCGCCCGGCCUGUUCGAAGAGUUCGUUACACAUGGACAAUUACCUCCAAGAUUCUGUCAACUAAAGUGUUGGACGAUGUUGGGCUGAAGGAGGACAAGCCCUUGUGUUGUGUGACUGCGGAUGGUGUGUAUCCGAUGGUAUUCAUCUCGGACGCUCGCUGCCUGGGGAGCAUAAGUGGCAUCAGCAAGCAGCAGCUCUGGAGACUCUUCUCACUCGACCUGCUCAACGAGUACCUCCAACGUGAUCCCACCGACGGCGAGCUGAUGUACCGGGUGCCAACCAGACACAGCACGAGCCGAUGCCCGCCUGUGUCAACCCCAGUCAUGGUGGACUUCAACUUUGGAGCAGCACCUGUGUGUUCAGAUCCUUCCAUAGUCCUACUGAUGCUGGAGAACAAGGAGAUCUUGCCUGUUGACUGGGCCUUCCUAUUCCCAGUGGACCAGCAGCUGGACCUGGAGUACUGGGCAGAGACGGGUGAAUUUAACCCCACCGAGCUGCACGAGAUGAGGAUAGAGGAUAAUCGGCUGUUCACCGUGGAGCCAAAAUCCGGACGCCUCCUUCCCGGGCAGAGAGAAACCAUUCAGCUCAAUUACAGACAUGAAUUUACAGGAACCGAUCGCAUUCCCGUUCUACUGAAGUUGUCCCAUGGUCGUGAAAUCCUGUUGAACUUCAUUGGUAUCACCGUGCCCAAGGACCACUGCUACGUCCACUUUCUUGCCACCCAGCACGUGUUUGCUCCUGUUUGCAUCGACACUGCCAACCCACCCAAGCAGAUUUACGAGUUGUACAAUGGCGGCUCAGUGCGAGUAAUUUAUGACAUCCAGAUGGAUUCCGUGAAGAACCUUCAGGAAGAGAAUUACAACCAUCCAAUCUUUCAGUGUCUGAAUCCCCGUGGGGAGAUCAAGUCUGGGAUGACCGGUUACAUUGAGUGGAUCUUCUCACCACUGGAGGCUAAAUCCUACACGGUGAAUACCCCGAUCCACAUCCUUAAUGGAGACUCUGCCCUGGUGACCAUCACAGGUAUUGGGUAUGACAAGCGCGUCCUGGGCACCUGCGCCUCUUUCAAUGAUCCAUCGUCAUAUGCCGGAGCCCCAGCCAUACAACGAGCUCCUGUCCUUGGGCAGCUGAUGUUUAUGUCCGAAGAGCGGAUUUCUUUUGGAAAUAUUCCUGUCUUCACGAAGAGUAGCCGCAUUAUCUUUCUGUACAAUGUUUCCGAGACAGAAGUCAUCUCUUACACCUGGCAUUCCACUUCUGUGCACGUCAGUGAGGUUUGUUCAAAGCGACAGCUGACAGAAUACCAGAAGGAACUGGUGGAAUGGGAGAGAGAAAAGGAUCGACAACAAGUUGAAUUCACCAUCACGGAACAGAGCUUGCAGCAGAACCAAAGCUCGACUUUCCAAAGACAGUGUUGCAGGGACGUUCUUGGAGCCUGCGCUCAGAAGGCACACGUGGAUGCAAACACCAAGAUCUUGAAGUACAAGACCCUGCCUCCGAUCAAGGAGAUCGCGGAGACAUGGGAAGGCCGGAACGUGGAGAAGCUCCCACCCGGAUUGUGGAAGAAGCCGAAGCCACCGCAGGCCUUCUUGCUGCACCUGGGGGUCACGGCCAGAGCUCACUCCAUGGAGGAGUAUCACAAGAACUUCACGUCCGACGUCUCCAGGCACUACAUCAUGAGAAACCUUAUUUCAGCGCCGCUCUCGGGCAUUUCGCCUUUUGGAAGCGGUGGCAGGUCUUGGGGCAAGUGGGCCGAUACCUGCACGGACCCCCUGAUUUUUGCCUCUAAAGACGACAGGAGACUUACGACCGACAUCCUCUCUACGGUUCUGAGGUGCCUGUUGGAAGACUUUUCCUUUCAGCAGGUGCUGGCUGCACAGUCGACCGAACCCAUUCCGUACUUUGUGCAGUUCUGGAGCGAGGAAGGCGAAGAGCUGGCUAUAAAGAACGCCAAGUUAGCCGAGGCGGAGGCGGAGGCUUUGAGCAUGCUCUCCGUCGGUGAACAAGGGCAGGACUAUACCCAGUUGGCAGGGCCUGAGGAAGGGUCGAUCCUAUCUGAUCCGGCGAGCUCAGACACCAAGCAGGCCACGAUUGCGGAGAGCAUUGACUUGGAUGAAACGUUACUCACGGAAGAGGGGCAGGUGUCUCUGAAUGCAAUUCGUAUCGAAGAGCAGCUCGCUCGACGGCAACACCUGAAAAGACUCCCCGAGAUCAGCGACCUCUUGGAGCUGAUUCUGGAGAACACCCUGCAGAAUAUAGUGAUUGAAGCCAGUCGGGGGGAGGUGGUCUUGACAGCUCGGCCCCGGGUGAUCGCCUUGCCACCAUUGACUUCCAGGAGCAGUCUGGAGCCUUUGAGUACACAUGAGAUUACGGUGGUUAAGGAGGAAUUGGACCGUGACCCUUCCGAGAGUGGACCUAAAGAUGGGGUAAAGGAGACUGGCACUGCGAAUCUUCCAGUACCUCUGAGCACUGCCUAAAGCAGUGAACGUUGAGCCAAGAGCAUGCCUGAGUUGCGGAGGCCAGGACUACUUACACCUUUGAAAUUGAAGUCGCAGUCCCACAGCGGGAUCCCGAGCAGGCGAUGGCUAAAGCCCACUGUCUUUGUCAAAGGCCUUUCGGCCUUGAGUAUU